AUGGGAGAGGCAGUUGCUGAGAACGCCGUGACGGAGGCGAUCAAUAAUGAAGACUUGGCAAACUUAUUAUUUCCGGAUCCUGUCCCACUCCUUGAGGAUCUACAAUCCGAGGGCAGCUAUGAGAGCUUAUACAUAGAUGAAGAAGAAGCUAUCACCGAAGACACCGCUGAAGAAGAGGCUUCCAAAGAGGAUUCCUCUGAAGAGGAAGUAGUCCCAAGACCCCGAAACGCAAAAGGAAAACGCGCUGCGUCGUCGAAACCCCCUGGCGAUCAGCCCCUUGACAAGCGUCCACGUCAAUCCACUACUGAAGAAGAAUUCGACAUUGCCACGGUGGUGGACGCUAUAGAAAACAACCCAUUAUGGAAGAUGAGCCACAAGGCGACACUAUGGGAGAAGUAUGAGAGUGGUCUGAGACUUCUGUUCGAGAGGGUGGUCCUCAUGGAAAUUGAAGCUCGCGAAGAAGGGAAGAAGAACGAGGAAUUCAGAGAGGAGAUGAGAAUGCACCCGGAGGAAGAGAAGAAGCACUGGAAGGAGAUGAAAGAACAUUGGGAGGAGGAAAAAAAAUACCGAAAGGAGGAGAAGACGCAUCGGGAGGAGAUGCGGAAGUUUAUGGUCGCAAUCUCCAAAGCCUUUGGCGUGACAGCGCAGGCCGAGAAAGAGUAA